AAGGUGGCUCGUGCAGCGUGUGUGGUGAGUGUGCAGUCGAGCGAUGGAUCCGAUGGACACUGCUAUCUUCAGGAUGGCCUUGGAGGUGGCAAAGGAGAACAGGACGCAGAUGCACCCGACCGAAUGGGCGGUGUGGCAGUAUCACUUGGACAACUGUCCGGAGAUCCAGGAUGAGCACAUGCCGCGGCACUUCGAGGUGAAUGAGGAUGACCCAGCAGCUCGCGAUUUUUUUGUGGCUUUGAACCAUGUAGUCUUCAGCAAGGUGCUUGCGGAUGCCUGCGACUGCUUGCUGCUGGAGAUUCAGAAAUGGGUCGGAGAGUUGGAAGCGGAGAAGAAGGAUGUGGAGGCAGUUCUUCGGACUGUGAACAGUGAGUAUUUCCGCGCUGAAGGACGAUUCUACAGGUGCCGUUUGAAGUUCAGGCAGAAGGAUUACUAUUGUCGCCAUCAUGGCUUCGGGGAUUUUCCUUCGAGAUGCUGAUGCGGAGGACGCCGCAAGGUGCCCACACGCUGUGUGAAAAUGGCCUUGGGCCCGGCCACCUGGUCACCUGGCGCUCUCCAGAGAUGCGCAGUGAACCCAGAGCUCAGUGAGCUCAGAGCCGGGAUGAUGCAUCCGCACCCUUUGCGGCAGAGACAAGGCCAGAGCUUCUGGCUCCAGCCGGAAGAUCCAAGGCAACCGGCCAGCCACAAGCGCCUUCUGGAGCCAAGG